AUGGAGUGCGGUCCCUGCGGCGCUGUCCCAUGGGAGCGAGCCCGCGCGCCCAACUUCGGGCUCAGCGGCGGCGGCCCCCGCGCGCCCGCGCCCGCCCCCGCACCCCGCGCACCACCACUCACCCCCGCAGAGAAUACAUUUGCGCAACACGAGUGUUGGCCUAACAACGACUGCGACACCGGGAACCACUCACUGGGAAAAAUUACUCAUUUUCCGAUACUGCCGCAGAUAGUCCAAGACGUGUCGCAAAACAAAGCCUGCAUGCUUCAUAUUAUCCCUGCACCAUCCCAUUCGACAAGUUCCAUAGAAUGUUCAAAGGACUUGCCAUAA